CAUGUGUGUAGUGUUAUUGUUAAAUUUUGCGUAGUACUACUUCUCUGUUCCACUUCCUCUCACUUCUGCAUUUCCCAAGGACUUCCUCCCAUUGUUCGAAGCGGUUCUAUCUCCUCUUUCUUUCCCUGUUCAUCACAUCUCAAAAACGCAAAAUGGUAUGGGGAAAGCAGCAGCAAAUGUCCCCCACGCGUAGAAAUGUCGGCGGCGUCGAGCACCUCGUCUUCGGAACAGGCUCCCAGGUCGAAGUCUACGGCAACGACGUCAUGGGUUUAAAAGGCCCCUGGUACGUCGCCACCAUCAUCGAAAUUGACCACAGUACCCCCUCCUCCUCCUCUGCCACUUCCACCAAGAAGAAGAGGAAAACGGAGUGCUCGAGAAAGCCCUUGAGGUACCUCGUUCAGUACGCCACCGUUGAGGACGACGAAGAUAAUGAAAUGCCCAAAAAGCCCUUGAGGGAGUUCUUGGAAGGCGACUACCUGAGGCCGUUGCCGCCUCCGACUGAGAACCAGCAUGCCUACGAGCUGAAGGACGUCGUUGAUGCCUACCAUAGAGACGGGUGGUGGCCCGGCGUCGUUGUUAAGGUCGCUGAUGGCGGAUUGAAGUUUGUGGUCUCCUUUGAAGACCCUCCCGGAGAGUUCGAAUUUUCUAGGUCUGAGUUGAGGGUUCAUCUCGACUGGGUUGAUUGCAGAUGGGUCAGGGCUACUGGGAAAGACAAACGGGAACAGGCAUCGCCCAAGUUGAUCGAUCGUUCCGAAGGCGACUGUAGUUCCACUAUAGCCGCUGGGGACCCUUCCAAUUUCCUAACCCUAACUGAUCCAGACUUGCUCGAUUGCCCCAUCUGCUUCGAAAACCUAACCAUCCCUGUCUUUCAGUGUUUGAAUGGACAUCUAGCAUGCUCCUCUUGCUGUAUCAAAGUUCGAAACAAGUGUCCGUCUUGCUCUUCCACUAUUGGCCGUAAUGGUUGCCGGCCUAUUGAGAAGAUAAUUGAAUCAGUCAAAACAUCAUGCCAGAACCAGAAGUAUGGGUGCACAGAAAUGGUGUUUUGCUGUAAGAAACGUGAUCACGAGGAUAUGUGUAUCUAUGCGCCAUGUUCAUGCCCUCUUACUGGUUGCGACUUUGUUGGGUCUUCCAAGAACCUUUCCUUACACCUCAGCACCAAGCAUUCAGGCUCUGCUAAGUGCUUCUGCUACGACUGCAGCAUCUCAAUUUCCCUAGAACUACAACAGAAGUCUGUUAUCCUUCAGGAAGAACACGAUGGCACCGUAUUUGUCCUCAACAAUGGGGUUCAAAAUCUUGGAAACGUGAUAGAUGUGAUAUGUAUUGCACCAAGCUCCUCAGAGAGAGGGUUUCCAUAUGAUCUCCUCGCAACAAACGGUGGAAGAUCGGUGAAGCUGCAAUCUUUUGCUGAGCAUGUUUGUGGGCGGGUUGACCAUACUCCCAAGAGUUUUCUUGUGGUUCCGAGUGACUUUUUUGGUUCUCGUGGACAGCUCAAGUUGGAACUUCGCAUAUCACGGUCGCCGGGUGUAGUUCACGCGUGAAGAGGUGAUUAUGCAUGUAACAUAGGUGUAGAUAUAUAAUAGUAUGGUUAUUGCGUUUCACCUGGCAAUUGGGUUUGUUCUAGCAAAAUGCAACAAACUGGAUCUUUUGUCUAAGCCAAUUAAGCUCAAAGAAUUGUUGGGUUUUGGUCUUUGAAGUGAAUUUUGUCAUCCUAAAACAUGUUUGUAUGGUGCCCUAACAUGAAUAGGCUCUGCUAAACAACGUUGUAAUUUGUGGGCCUUGUUUUGUCUAGAAUACUUAUGAUAUCUCCGUUCAUUUUGAUC